UUUCUCAAAUUUUCAAGUUUCAACAUUUUCCAUCUUUCCCUGCUCUUUUAAGUUCAACCUCCCUCGACCUCAAGAAACCUUCCAAUGUCGACAUUCAGGUAAUGAAGAUCAAAAUUUUCAAAUAAACGUCAAAACCUAGAUUUGAUCCUUCAUAAACACCUUACUUAUUCCAAUCGAUUAUAUCACCAAAUAAAAAAGAAGAAAAAAUGGCUGCAUAUAGAGCUGACGAUGAUUAUGAUUAUCUAUUUAAAGUUGUAUUGAUCGGUGAUUCAGGUGUUGGUAAAUCCAAUCUUCUGUCUAGAUUUACUCGUAAUGAGUUUAGUCUUGAAUCUAAAUCAACCAUUGGUGUUGAAUUUGCUACAAGAAGUAUUCAUGUUGAUGAUAAGGUUGUUAAAGCUCAGAUUUGGGAUACCGCUGGUCAGGAAAGGUACCGUGCAAUCACUAGUGCAUACUAUCGUGGUGCCGUCGGUGCACUGCUUGUUUAUGAUGUCACGCGUCAUGUUACCUUUGAAAAUGUUGAGAGAUGGUUAAAGGAGCUCCGGGAUCACACUGAUUCAAAUAUUGUGAUCAUGCUUGUGGGAAACAAAGCAGAUCUGCGCCACCUACGAGCUGUUUCAACUGAGGAUGCAACCGCCUUUGCUGAGAAAGAAAAUACCUGCUUUAUGGAGACAUCUGCGUUGGAAUCUAUGAAUGUGGAAAAUGCCUUCACCGAAGUGCUCACCCAGAUCUACCGUGUUGUCAGCAGGAAAGCUCUUGAUAUUGGAGAUGACCCAGCGGCAUUGCCCAAGGGACAGACAAUCAAUGUUGGCUCCAAGGACGAUGUAUCAGCUGUGAAGAAGGUUGGAUGUUGCUCAGCCUAAUCUUCUUUAAGCUCUUGAUCAAUCCUAUUGCCACUUCAUUCUGUUUAGCUAGUUCCUUGCCGUUUUUCCUUUUCUUUUUGUCCAUCUUCCUGUAUUACUUAAAUACUCAAUGACCCACAUGGUUCAGUUAUAUUAUAUUGCUUCCAAGGUAGAAAUGUAUUUAGACAAUUCUUCUUGUUCGAUGUUUGCUCUUGUAAACACAAUAUGACCUAGAAUCUCAAUGCAGCAGCUCUUGUAAUACUGUAGUUGAAAAUUUUGCAAGAACUGUGUUGGCCUUUUUUGGUCUGCAUUUAUCUGAUGCAGCAUCGUUCUUAUU